AUGAGGAACAAUCAAUUGAUAACGCUGCUGUGCUCCCUGAACAAUAUUCCAGAGGACUUCUUCAAUAAUUGGUGGUGCGGUAUUAUACAUUUUACAAAGGAGUUCAUCAAGAUUACUUUGAUCUUUGAAAGACAACCACCGUCCAUCAUCAAAAAAGGAAAGAAUUUUGGUGCAAAAAUUAGAUGGCUUAUCGGUUCAAAGCUUGAUUGCAAUAUGAUAAGAGGUCUGACAGGAACUGCUACAAUCGUUAAUGAAGCGUGGUUAACAAAUGAAGGUGAGAAUAGAAGUUCGGAAGCAUCAGUAACUUCUAUUUUCAAUGGCGUGGCUAGAUUUGAGUAUCAUCGAAAUUCAGAAGUCUCAGCGACACUCUACAGUUCCAAACUCAUGAGUAUCAGUAGGAAGAUGACGAAAAGACUUGAGAAAAUUACUGAUGAAAAAUAUGCCUUAAAAUUUUCCACAAAAAUCACGUGGAAUAACGAAGAACUCGAUAUUGCGGUCAUUUCGCUUCCAAUCUGUCUAACUACACACCAAGUUCAGGAUGAAUUAUCCACGGGGAAAAUUAUGUGGGACUAUGCUUUUGCUGCAAAGGAUAGGCAAGCUUUCCAGGUGCCUGAUACUGUUCAAUGGUCCCAGUUGGCAGAUGCUCUCAGUGGACUGUGGAACUCCAGGAUUGGAUGUACGUUAACUAAGGAUCACAUCAAGUACCUCUAUGAUCGAGUUUUUGUUGAAGAUCCUAGUUGCACAGAAAUACCAAUGCGACUGAUAUCUUGGAACAAUAUCACAAAGGAUAACAUGCCCGGAAUGAACUUUACGUUCUGGAACUGGUUCUAUAAGGCCAUGAAACUCGUAAAGGAUACAUAUAAGGAAGCCUGGAUGUCCGGUCACAUUCUAGGUUUCAUUCAUCGGGAAAAGGCCAAAGGACUUUUGGAGGGUUCACGUCCUUUCACCUUUCUCUUUCGCUUCUCAGAAUCAAUUGAGGGAAAAUUCAGAAAUCUUCAGGAAGUGGGCUAA